UUGAGACUCUGAGACUUUGAGACUCUUCCACACACACACACACACAUACUUUGUGUGGAGAUGUUAGUCUUAGUCUUGAUCUGGUCAUGUCUGUUUAACGGUUAAUUAAUGGUUCAUUUGGAUAGCUGUAUCUAAUAAGAGUUAUUUUUGAGGCACAUUGUUAAGCUAUUGGUAAAUAAAGCUGGUGCAGGAAGAGCUUUCACUUUCGAUUUCUCUGAAGACUGAAGUAUGGGUGUGUUUCAGUGUGCUUUUAAAUGGCUGCAGCUGUUUCUCAUUAGACUUUCUCGUCCUGUUUUCUCCUUCAUUACGAGGCUCUUCGGCGUUAUGGAUAAAUCUUGCAAGGCUGUGAGACAGAACCGGGCUAUGGGUAACUCACACAACUUUUUCCAGGACUCUGACGAGGAAUAUGACUCUACAUGGGAUGAUGAACCUGACCAUGAGGAGACUAGAGAGUCCCCUGUGCAAUGGCCCUUAAGUCCAAAGAGGAACACAUAUGCUGCGAAAGACAUGCAAACCUUUAGACACAAGUGUCAGAAAACCGAAAAUAAUGACAGGACAGAUGAUAUGGAGAAUGACGAAGACUUACCAAAUCUGAAGUUUUACAAAAAUGUCAUGCAUUUCCGCCCUGAUGGUGUGUACAUUGAGGAUUUUCACAACUACUGGUUUGGUGACUAUGGCAGGCUGGAAUAUGUGCACUCCUACAUUCAAUGGCUGUUUCCAAUUCAGGAGAAGGGAGUGAACUUUGAUUCACGUGAGCUUAGCCUAAAAGAAAUCAAGCUGUUCCGUAAGGAUGAGGAGGUGAAGAAAAAAUUGUUGACGUCUUACAAGAUCAUGUUGGACUUCUACGGCAUAGAACUUGUCAGUGAGGAAACUGGAGAGGUGAAACGUGCAGUAAACUGGAAAGAACGAUUUGCAAACCUAAAUAGAAACACACACAACAAUCUUCGCAUCACCCGCAUUCUAAAGUGCCUGGGUUUACUGGGGUUUCGUCACUAUCAAGCACCGCUGGUUCAUUUCUUCCUUGAGGAGACUCUGGUGGAAGACACACUUCCACGAGUAAAGCACAGCGUUCUGGACUACUUUAUGUUCGCAGUUCUGGACAAGUCUGAACGAAAAAAGCUGAUCAGAUUUGCCUUCUGGAAUUUUGAGCCAAAAGAGAAAUUUGUGUGGUGUCCUAGAAGGAUUCGUAAUAAAUUCUUGAAAGAGAAAGGAACAGAGAAAGGGAGUCACAAAUUACAUGCUGUUCCCAAUGAAGGAAUGUCAAGUGAUUCAAACUCUCAAAGCAAUCACAAUGAUCUGAUGAACAGCACAGAAGUACAAAAUAAAGCUGAAAUCAAAACAGAUACUAAUGAAGACACAAGUGAUGAAAAAUCUCUUAGCAGCAAAAUCAGAAAUGAUGAGAAUGUGUCAAGUGAGUGUCAAGAUUCUGAAAAACAAGCUUUACCUGUCCCUGCUGCAGGAAAUGCAAAAACAAGUAAUGCUAAUGAAGAAACUCAAGCUCUGUCCGGAGUUGAUUCUCAGAAGGAAGACAGUAAAGCAAGAAAUAAGAAGAUCCCAAAUUCUGUACAAAAAGCUACAGAAAAAUCGGAUGAGAAUGACAGUGAAUAUGUUGUCUCUACCAAACAGUCAAAGGUUCUGAGUGGUGAUAAAAACUUUGACAAUAGUACAGCCAGUGAUGAAAGCACCAAUGAAAACCUCACACAAACUUCUAAUCACAGCUCCACAAGCGAGAGUGUUGCAAACAAAACACCUCUAUCAGGUGGAAACUCAGGGAGUGAUCAGCAAGAUCAUGAAAAUCAAGAAGACAAAUCUGAGCAAGGCAAUAAAGAUGAUUUAAAAUCACAGCAUACUGAUAGAGAUUCCAAAGAAAAUGAUUCAGAAGAAAUCCAGAAGAGUGGCAGUGAAUUACCAGAAGACAGUGCUGCGACUGGAACUGCCACAGACAAUGAGGAAAACCAAUCUGUGGAAAGUAAUGCUGAAGACAGCCUUACUGAUGAGCAUGUUAGUAAUGCUGUCACAUCACACUAUAAUGAAAAUUCAGACUCAACAGAAGUUAAGAAUAGAGAGGACACUGAAUCUGAACAAGGCAUAGCUCUCAGGAGUGAUGUUAACUCAUCUCAGGUUAUUCCUGGUAAGGAUACAGAGACAGGAGAGAGCACUAAAGAAAAGUCUGCUGAGGACAAAAAGACAGAAAUUGGGUGUGUGAGAGAUGGAGGAACUGAAAACGAGGAAAAUAUCCAGACUCGGUUGUAAAAGUUGUUUGACCAGAGAUGUUUAAGGGAUCGUGUUUGAUGGUGGUACCUAUUAAAAUGUGUUUUUUUGUGCUGGUUUUUUUGAAAAUGCAAAAAAAAAAAUUUUGUGAAAUUGACAUUUAAUAUGAUUGUUUUUCAUGCCAAGGCUAUUUUAAUAUUCAUCUUCAAAGUCAUGGUGGAUCCGGAACCUAUCCCAGGAACAGGUGGUAAUACACCCUGGAUGGGGCGGCAGUACAUUGUAGCCUAGUUUAAUAAACUGAACAAGAAAAGUUUAAUAGGAAUAAUCAAUUUCUGCAAAUCUAUUGCUGGGUUAAACUAUAUAAAUGAUGUGUUAAAUGUAUGAAUUCUGAAGCUGUCAAAGAAUGUGUGUAAUAAACUGGGGAUGAGUAAUGA